UCAGUCAUCUCGUAAACGUCGGCGGAUCAUCGCACAAAUGAACUCUACCAAACGCUCGAGGAAUCUGAAAAAAAGAAAAAAACGGCAUCAAUCAAUUUCUGGCUGCAUACGUGCACUCUAAUUUUUACGGAUGCUUGAAUCUACAACCCGCGUUUCCAUUGCCAAUAUACUUCCUAUUAUAAUGCUAGGAAGGAAGCAGAGUCUCAAGGGAGACCCGGUUUUAGCUGAUUAUGGUCCAGAAGAAUGCCUCAAUGAGAGUACAGACAUUGAAUGGGUUAACAAGCUAUGGGUUAGGCGGUUGAUGAGACUUUGCGCGUUAGUCUCUUUGGCUUCGGUUUGCCUCAACACGCCCAAGACUUUUGAAAAGGUGCCGAUACUUCAGUAUGUUACCUUUACCUGCGACCUAAUCGUCACGUUUCUAUUCACUGCCGAGAUGAUUGCCAAAAUGCACAUUAGGGGUAUUCUCAAGAGCAAACAGUCCUACCUGAAGGACCAUUGGUGCCAAUUUGAUGCGAGUAUGGUAUUCUUUCUUUGGUUGUCGGUGAUCCUUCAAAUGUUUGAGAUGCUGGAACUCGUUAUGCGGUACAGCUACACUUCUAUCCUACGAGCUCCACGUCCCUUGAUCAUGAUUCGCUUUCUGCGGGUUUUUUUAAAAUUUUCCAUGCCCAAGGCCAGGAUCAAUCAAAUUUUCAAGCGGUCGAGUCAGCAAAUAUACAACGUGACGCUGUUUUUUCUGUUCUUCAUGUCGUUGUACGGACUACUCGGGGUCCAAUUUUUCGGGGAACUGACGAAUCAUUGCGUGUUGAACUCGACAGAUCCCCGACACAUCACCAUAAACAGCCUCGCGAUACCCGAUACGUUCUGCUCGACCGAUCCCGAAUCCGGCUACCAAUGCCCCAAGGGCAUGAAGUGCCUCAAACUCGAGCUUUCCAAGUACAUCAUGGGAUUCAACGGCUUCGACGAGUUUGCUACGAGCAUAUUCACGGUUUACCAGGCCGCCUCGCAGGAGGGCUGGGUGUUCAUAAUGUACCGGGCGAUCGAUAGCCUGCCCGCUUGGAGGCCCAUCCUGUACUUCAGCACGAUGAUAUUUUUCCUGGCGUGGCUCGUCAAGAACGUCUUCAUCGCCGUGAUAACGGAAACGUUCAACGAAAUCCGGGUGCAGUUCCAGCAGAUGUGGGGCGUCCGGGGCACGAUGAGCAGCAACAACACGGCCUCGCAGGUGUUGACCGGCGACGACGAGCACGGCUGGAAACUCGUGACCCUCGACGAGAACAAGCACCUCGGGGGCCUGGCCGGCUCGCCCCUUUGCCAGGCCAUACUCCGCUCGCCCCAGUUCCGCAUGGUCGUCAUGUGCGCCAUACUGGCCAACGGCAUAACCACGGCCACGAUGAACUUCAAGCACGACGAGCGGCCCAGGCACGCCUUCUACGAGCGCUACUACUACGCCGAGAUCGUCUUCACCGUGUUGCUCGAUCUCGAGACUGCCUUCAAAAUCUGCUGUCUCGGUUUCCACAGCUACUACAAGCACUCGAUACACAAGUUUGAGCUGCUGCUCGCCGUUGGCACGACCAUCCACAUCAUACCGUUUUUCUACCUCUCGGGUUUCACCUACUUUCAAGUACUUCGAAUCGUAAGGCUGAUCAAGGCCUCGCCCAUGCUCGAGGACUUUGUCUACAAGAUUUUCGGUCCUGGCAAAAAACUCGGCAGCCUCAUCAUCUUCACCAUGUGCCUCCUCGUCAUAUCGUCGAGUAUUUCCAUGCAACUAUUUUGCUUCUUGUGUGACUACACGAAGUUUGAAACGUUUCCCGAGGCCUUCAUGUCCAUGUUCCAAAUCUUGACUCAAGAAGCGUGGGUCGAGGUCAUGGAUGAAACAAUGGUCAGAACUCACGAGUCCAUCGCUCCUCUCGUCGCCGUUUACUUUAUACUUUAUCACCUUUUCGUGACACUGAUCGUGUUGAGUCUCUUCGUCGCGGUUAUAUUGGAUAAUCUUGAACUGGACGAGGACAUCAAGAAAUUGAAGCAGCUCAAGUUCCGCGAGCAAAGUGCCGAAAUAAAGGAGACGCUGCCGUUUAGACUGAGGAUUUUCGAGAAGUUCCCCGACAGCCCGCAGAUGACUACCUUGCACAAAGUGCCGUCGGAUUUCAACCUUCCGAAAGUGCGAGAGAGCUUUAUGAGACAAUUUGUGUACGAACUCGAGGACGAAGAGAACGAAGGCUCGAAAAGAGUCAACGAAACUUUCGACUCGAAAAUCGUGUACCGCAAGCAGCGACCGGUUCACAUUUUGAAUAACCAUCCAAAAGUUAGGACUGUCGAAACGAGCUAUAAAAAAGCCGCUAUUGCGUACAUAAUCAACGAUUCAAACAAUCAACGUCUAUUGCUCGGUGACUCUGCAAUGAUACCAGUUCCUGCGAAAAGCCUAAUGAAAUCACAAGGGACGGUCAACAGUGCGAAGCAACUGCGAAUAGACCAAAAAAAGUCGAUACGAAGGAGCGUCAGAAGUGGCUCGAUAAAGUUGAAGCAGACCUACGAACACUUGGUGGAAAACGGUGACGUUGGGGCCAUCAACCGCAUGACCUCGUCCCGCAGCAGACCCCACGAUUUGGACAUCAAGCUUUUACAAGCGAAAAGACAGCAAGCCGAAAUGCGAAGAAACCAGCGCGAAGAAGAUUUACGGGAAAAUCAUCCGUUCUUUGACACGCCGCUCUUUGUGGUGCCGAGGGAGAGCAAGUUCCGUAAAAUUUGCCAAUUGCUCGUCUACGCGAGGUACGACGCGAGAUUGAAGGAUCCACUCACGGGAAAGGAGAGAAAAGUUCAAUACAAGAGCCUCCACAAUUUCUUGGGACUCGUGACCUACUUGGACUGGGUGAUGAUCCUCGCGACCACCCUCUCUUGCAUUUCUAUGAUGUUCGAGACCCCGAGAUUCCGCGUGAUGGAAAUUCCGGCCUUGCAGAUAGCGGAGUACGGCUUUGUCAUUUUCAUGAGCAUCGAAUUGGCGCUGAAAAUCCUGGCGGACGGCCUAUUUUUCACGCCAAAGGCCUACAUCAAGGACGUCGCUUCGAUACUAGAUGUAUUCAUCUACGUGGUGAGCCUCGUAUUCCUUUGCUGGAUGCCGCGAAGCGUGGCUCCAAACUCGGGGGCACAGCUCCUGAUGAUACUGCGCUGUGUUCGGCCGCUGCGUAUAUUCACGCUCGUGCCCCACAUGCGCAAAGUCGUGUACGAGCUCUGCCGCGGCUUCAAGGAGAUCCUCCUCGUCUCGAUUCUCCUGAUCCUGCUCAUGUUCGUCUUUGCGAGCUACGGGGUGCAGCUGUACGGGGGCAGACUGGCGCGCUGCAACGACCCGACCAUCACCAAGCGAGAGGAAUGCGUCGGGGUCUUUAUGCGCCGAGUCUUUGUCACCAAGAUGAAGCUCCUCGCUGGCCAAAACGAGAGUUAUCCGUCGAUACUCGUGCCCCGCGUCUGGGCUAAUCCAAAGCGCUUCAACUUUGACAAUAUAGGGGAUGCGAUUUUAGCUCUGUUCGAAGUGCUCUCGUUCAAGGGCUGGCUCGACGUGAGAGACGUACUCAUCAAAGCUCUUGGCCCCGUGCACGCCAUUUACAUCCAUAUCUACAUAUUUCUCGGCUGCAUGAUUGGCCUCACGCUAUUCGUUGGCGUGGUCAUUGCCAAUUAUUCCGAAAACAAGGGUACCGCGCUUCUCACGGUCGAUCAAAGACGAUGGUGUGACCUGAAGAAAAGACUGAAAAUCGCUCAACCGCUGCAUUUGCCACCACGACCUGAUGGCAAAAAAUUUCGAGCUUACAUCUACGAUAUAACGCAAAACAUUUACUUCAAGCGUUUCAUAGCAGUGAUGGUACUCAUAAAUAGUGCUUUGCUCUGCGUUUCGUGGAGAAUCGAGGAAGAGCACACGGAGCCCUUGGCUACAGUAUCGGCCAUUUUAACGCUCAUAUUUCUCGUUGAAGUAAUCAUGAAAAACAUUGCCUUUACGCCUCGAGGUUACUGGCAGUCGAGAAGAAAUCGUUACGAUCUUUUGGUCACGGUCGUCGGGGUUACAUGGAUAGUAAUACACGGAACGAUGAAGAACGACUUGUCCUACGUCAUUGGUUUCAUGGUGGUGAUCCUGAGAUUUUUCACCAUCACUGGCAAACACACGACUUUGAAGAUGCUUAUGCUGACUGUCGGAGUUUCCGUCUGCAAGAGCUUUUUUAUCAUAUUUGGAAUGUUCCUUCUCGUAUUUUUCUACGCCUUGGCCGGCACCAUCAUAUUCGGAACAGUCAAGUACGGCGAAGGCAUCGGAAGGCGUGCCAACUUUGAAUCACCAGUGACGGGGGUAGCUAUGCUGUUUAGAAUAGUCACGGGCGAAGACUGGAAUAAAAUAAUGCACGAUUGUAUGGUUCAACCUCCCUACUGUACACCGGCAGCCAAUUAUUGGGAAACGGAUUGUGGCAAUUUUCACGCAUCCUUGAUUUAUUUCUGCACCUUUUACGUCAUCAUCACCUACAUAGUUCUCAAUCUCCUAGUGGCCAUCAUCAUGGAAAACUUUUCACUUUUUUAUUCAAACGAAGAGGAUGCUUUGUUAUCAUACGCGGAUAUCAGGAAUUUUCAAAAUACCUGGAAUAUUGUGGACAUACACCAAAGAGGAGUUAUACCAGUGCGGAGGGUGAAAUUCAUUUUGAGGCUUUUAAAAGGCCGACUGGAAACUGAUCCCCAGAAAGAUAGACUGCUCUUCAAGUACAUGUGUUACGAGCUCGAGAGAUUGCACAAUGGGGAAGAUGUUACGUUUCAUGAUGUCAUCAAUAUGUUGUCCUAUCGAUCGGUGGAUAUAAGAAAAGCUUUACAACUGGAGGAGCUGCUUGCCAGAGAAGAAUUCGAAUACAUAAUCGAAGAGGAAGUGGCAAAACAAACGAUCCGGACUUGGCUCGAAGGUUGCUUGAAAAAAAUAAGGGCCGUGGGUAAACAACAGAACAGCCUUAUCGCUGGACUUAGAGCAACGAACGAAGUGGUGGCCAGCACGACGUUACAAGAGCACGUAGAAGAGAAGAAAGAACCAGUGGUUGAAAAAGAUGACCCAGCUGAAGCGAAAGAUGCAGAAGGGUUACGACACAGGGGUAAAAAACCAGUGGGUCUGCCCAGAUCCGACAGCAUUGGCAGCGGUUCGGGUAGAAAAUUUCUUGCCCCAACUUUGUCGGAUCCAGCAACUUCUGUGAGGAUUGAAAAGGAAAAAAUUACAGCCUCAAAAAAGAGAAGUAACAGGCCUGCCCCUGUGGCUGUCAAAAACAAUUUACCGUACGUGACGGAAAGAAGCGAGUAUUUACGAACGUUUGGGAAGGAAACUUUUGGUGCAAGAGUGUCCCCGCCCAACAAGAUGACAAGUGCGAUUAAUGAGGUUCGUGAUUGGUGGCGUGAACAGUUGAACUAUAACACAGAUUCUAGUGACGAAUCAUUGUAG